AGCAGUGGACUGGAAAUGGCUGAAAACUACACUGUGAAAAAUGUAGACAGCUUUAUAAUCAUUGGAUUUGAUCACCUGCCGAACCAAAAGUUCCUUGGAUUGCUCAUCUUAAUAACCUACAUGCUCAUACUGCUUGGGAACGGCAUCAAUCUGUGUAUCAUCCUGACUGACAGACAUUUACACAAACCAAUGUACAUAUUAAUCUGCAAUCUAGCUGUUGUUGACAUAAUGUUUUCUUCUACCUGCAGCACAACCAUGAUCUCAGUGCUGCUGGCUGAGAUCAAAACUGUUUCAUACUACUCUUGUAUCUCAAGGAUGUUCUUUUAUCAUGUUGGGGACUUCACAAUAUGCUUCGCUCUGACAUUAAUGGCAAUUGACCGACUUAUUGCAAUCAGGCUUCCUUUGAGAUACCACAGUAUUGUAACAAAUUCACGAACAUGUCUGCUUAUUUUACUGACUUGGCUUAUUGCUAUCGCUUUGAUGGUUGUUUUGACAUUAGUGGUAGACAGUGUCCCGUACUGUCAGCCUAUCAUCAGAUAUGUGUUCUGUGAUUAUCCUUCUAUGAUCAGAGCUGCUUGCGUUAAUCCUGAACUUUAUUUUUUCUUGCCUGCGAUGAUUAAUAUGUGGUGGUUCGCUGUACUGUUUCCCUUUGUUAUGUGCACAUACGGUGUCCUGGCGUACAGUGUGACUAAACUCUCCAAUAACUCAAGCAAAAAGCAAAUGAUCAACACUUGCUUGAGUCACCUCAUUGUCCUGCUCAGUUUUUAUCUGCCAAAGCUGGUCUCUAACUUACUAACUCGAAUAGGUGUUGUGCUAACUUUAACAGAGAGAAAUGCAAUAUUGAUUAUCGCUUCUCUAAUUCCUCCCUUAAUAAACCCCACUGUUUACUGCACCAGGACUAAAGAGAUCAGAAAACGAAUAGCAGAUAUAUUUUUGCACAAAAAAGUAGUACCAAAUCACUUAAAGGUUUUAUCAUAA